CCCCGCCCCCUGCCUCCCCAUAGCCCGCGCCGGCAGCUCGGUGGCCAACUCCGGUCCCGCGAUCGGCAGGGCGAGCGCGCGCGCCGCAGGUCGCGCGGCUGCUGAGAAGGGCGAGCACGCGCGGAGGGAGUGGAGGCGUAGGGGGGUGGGAGUACAGCUCGCUCAGCUCGCAAGAUGGCGGACGAGGACGGGGAAGGGAUUCACCCCGCAGCCCCUCACAGGAACGGAGGUGGCGGCGGCGGUGGAGGGUCUGGGCUCCACUGCGCCGGGAACGGCGGCGGGGGAGGCGGCGGCCCGCGGGUCGUGCGCAUUGUCAAGUCCGAGUCCGGCUACGGCUUCAACGUGCGGGGCCAAGUGAGCGAGGGCGGGCAACUGCGGAGCAUCAACGGGGAGCUGUACGCGCCGCUGCAGCAUGUGAGCGCCGUGCUGCCCGGGGGGGCGGCCGACCGGGCCGGGGUGCGCAAGGGGGACCGCAUUCUGGAGGUGAACGGCGUGAAUGUUGAGGGAGCGACCCACAAGCAGGUGGUGGACCUGAUCCGAGCAGGCGAGAAGGAAUUGAUCUUGACAGUGUUAUCUGUACCUCCUCAUGAGGCAGAUAAUCUAGAUCCAAGUGACGACUCGCUGGGACAAUCAUUUUAUGAUUACACAGAAAAGCAAGCAGUGCCCAUAUCGGUCCCCACAUACAAACAUGUGGAACAGAAUGGUGAGAAGUUUGUGGUAUACAAUGUUUACAUGGCAGGGAGGCAGCUGUGUUCUAAGCGGUACCGGGAGUUUGCCAUCCUACACCAGAACCUGAAGAGAGAGUUUGCCAACUUCACAUUUCCCCGACUUCCAGGGAAGUGGCCAUUCUCUUUAUCAGAACAGCAAUUAGAUGCCCGACGUCGAGGGUUGGAAGAAUAUUUAGAAAAAGUGUGCUCAAUACGAGUCAUUGGCGAGAGUGACAUCAUGCAGGAAUUCCUAUCAGAAUCAGAUGAGAACUACAAUGGUGUGUCCGACGUAGAGCUGAGAGUAGCGUUACCAGAUGGAACAACAGUUACAGUGAGGGUUAAAAAGAACAGUACAACAGAUCAAGUAUAUCAGGCUAUUGCAGCAAAGGUUGGCAUGGACAGUACGACAGUAAAUUACUUUGCCUUUGAAGUGAUCAAUCAUUCCUUUGUGCGUAAGCUGGCACCUAAUGAAUUUCCUCAUAAACUCUACGUUCAGAAUUACACAUCAGCUGUGCCAGGCACCUGCCUGACUGUUCGAAAGUGGCUUUUUACUACAGAAGAAGAAAUCCUCUUAAAUGACAAUGACCUUGCUGUUACCUACUUCUUUCAUCAGGCUGUUGAUGAUGUGAAAAAAGGUUACAUCAAAGCAGAGGAAAAGUCCUACCAAUUACAGAAGUUGUAUGAACAAAGGAAAAUGGUCAUGUACCUCAAUAUGCUAAGGACUUGUGAGGGCUACAAUGAAAUCAUCUUCCCCCACUGUGCAUGUGACUCCAGGAGGAAGGGGCAUGUUAUCACAGCCAUCAGCAUCACGCACUUUAAACUGCAUGCCUGCACUGAAGAAGGACAGCUGGAGAAUCAGGUAAUAGCAUUUGAAUGGGAUGAGAUGCAACGAUGGGAUACAGAUGAAGAAGGAAUGGCCUUCUGUUUUGAAUAUGCAAGAGGAGAGAAGAAGCCUCGAUGGGUUAAAAUCUUCACACCAUAUUUCAAUUACAUGCAUGAAUGCUUCGAGAGGGUGUUCUGCGAGCUCAAGUGGAGAAAAGAGAACAUUUUCCAGAUGGCGAGGUCACAGCAGAGGGAUGUGGCCACCUAGCCUUUCGUUACCCCCUUCCCUUCUUUUCACCCUCAUCCUCUUAUCCCUUUCGUCUCCCAUGUCAGACAGAGUAACCAUUAACACAAAGGAAGAGAAAAAGGAAAAAAAGUCAUUAUAUUCAAAAGCCCUAAACUAAAUAUUAUUAAUAAUCCCUCUGAAUUUCCUAUCUCUGGAAUUGAGCUGGUAGAGAACAGCAGAUUGGUCAGCACCAGGAGUCAACUGAGUUAAGACAGGAAAAGAAAUAAGCCCAACCAACUCGCCAAAGGUAUCUUUGUCCUUUUACCUGGGCCUCAUACCAACAGACUCUCCUUGUACUAUAUUUUUAAAACUGGAACUAUGAACUCCAUCCAUUUGCACUGUUCAGACAUAUAUAUGUAUGUAUGUAAAAAUUAUAUAUACACAAAUUAGCUGCACGUAUAUACAUAUAUAUAUUUCUUUUUAAAUUUCAUAUUGAUGGCAGUACCUUUUUUAGCUUGUGUUUUUACACACCUUUCACUAGAAUUCAUGACUUCUCUCUUGCUCUCUUUAUUUUGAAACAAACUUUAAAAAGGAAAAAAAAAAAAACUUUACAGGGAAAAUACCUCUCCUCAUGAAGGACUCAAAGUUUACAACCUGCUUGGGUUUUCCCCCCCCUUUUUUGUAUUGAGUGACGAUUGUGGAUCAUGGGUUGCCAUAGAGUCUGAGGAGCAUAGUUUCUUUAUCUUCCGAGAGGCUGCUGGGGAGGAGAAAGGUGUGUUUCUCAAGGGCAGCAAGGCUGCAGAUCUGUAGGGAGAGUCUAAUGAUUUGGUGUGGCCUCUUGAUUCCAAGACAACUUUCCUGGUUCAUCUCUCUCUUCCACUCAUGGCUUUUAGCCACAUUAUACAUCUUCCUGCUUCUCUAGGGUCCCCUGUAUGCUUUCCUGCGGUUGGCCUAGAAUGAAGUGGGGCGGGGUGCCCUCAGGAUGAUGUUAAUGCCACAGGAACCUGAAGUACUUCGUGAUUGUGAUUUCCCAUUCCCCUGCUGUUUCUAAAGCAGGGACAGUACUCGGGACCAGAGUUAAAGCUGAUACCUUUAGGCACAAAGAUUGGAUUUAGGUUGGGGGAAGGAAGGCAGAAAGGCCGUAUGUGCGUAAGCUUUUCCCCACUCCAUUCCUAACCAGUAACCACCCAUAACUAUUACAUUCUCCUCGACUUCCUUAAACAGCCGUGUUGGAGAGGGAUCUGACAGUAUCCUCAAGGCCUUGGGGAAACUUGGAUUGGGUCCAUGGUCUGUGCCAAGCAAACCAUAGCCCAUCUGAGCCAGCUCAGGACUCAGGAAGGAGCAGUAGGAGUAUGGUUGAUUUGGGUUGGAUCUUAACUUUUAAUUAAAAGGAGACUGAAGGAAAACCUUUUUGUCCCUCAAAAAGCUCCUCAUCUGACCUUGCAGUUAGACUUUUUGAGACCUAAAUGCUACAUCCCAGGGUCUGGGCCAGGGCUGCCUGGAGUAGGGCAACAUUCUCAACCCCCAGGCUCCAAAGAUAGCGCAUUGGGAGUUCUAGAUCUGGCUCAGAUGCACCUGAAACACAUUUUUGAGCCUUCUUUUCUUUUUUCCUUCUCUACCUUCUAAACAAAAACCUCCACAGGAUGGCAUUUUUGCUUUGUCUAACUGGGAGACAACCGUAGUUGGUUGUAUUCAACUCCACUGAGCAGUGUUGGGGUGGUUUGAAGUUUCUGGUUUUUGUAACUUGUUUUUGCAGGCCACUUUUCUUUCUCACUCUGUUAUCCUGGCAGCCACUUUCUCCUGGGGAUUGUGGGAUCAUAUAGGACAUCCUAGCUUCCCUCCCCUUCUCCAAAGCCAGGUGGAAUCACAGAGCACAGGAUGUAAGAAAGCUGAAUUUUAAAGUUGCAGAGAGUGAUCCCUGACUUGGAGGCUUUGGCACAUAAUUAACAUCAUCUGGCUUAAAUGAAUUUAAUAAUGAGCCAUAGGACCCUGGAAAGAAGGUAUUUGAUUGCCCCCUCCAAGAUGCUGAAGAGGGCUUUGGCACUGGCUUUGUUCGAAUGUUAAAAAUAGCAGCAGUUUGUCCCCUGAUCCCUCAGAGUGGGAGAGGAAUGAACAAACCCGGGAGUCCAUGGAAAGCCCAAAUGCUGACCUCCAGAGUGAGGGCAUCGGGGAGGCCCGUAGUGUGGAUAGACGCUGCUCCGUUCCCCAUCUGACCUGGCACUCACUCGAUGCUUGGAGACUGGGGGAAGGCCCCAGAGGUAGUUAGCCUCUUAGUAGAAUCUGUUUAGGAACAGCCCCUGCUUGAGGUUAUACAACUCACAAAGCCCCCGGCUACAGCUUGAAGGGGAUGGGUGGGGCACGUGAAGGGGCGCUGCCUUCUCUCUCACCCACAGCAGGUGUCCUGCCAUGGAGGCAGAGGUCGCCGUGGUGGUGGAGCGCCAUAGGGUCAAGCUCUUCUUUGCAUGAAGCAGUGUUAGUGUGAUACCCUUUCCCUCUUGCUUUGUACUUCCUUUCUCGAAUCCUUCCCACCUUUCUUGGUCCCGGGUUCUGCCCAGGGAGGUUUCUACUCAGUCUUCUUCUGCAGUUUGUCUCUAGGAGAUGGAGAGGCUCUCCCUUCCCCCUGCUUCGCCCCAGCAGAGCCAGCAGGAUGUCCCUGAACUCCUGUUGUUCUCCCUUCCCCAACAAAGAGUUUCUAUCCUCUUUGAUCAAAGCUCAUAAUUUUUAUGGAUCAGGAGAAAAUGCAGGCCCUCAGAAACUAAUCCCUGCAGAAGGGUUCCUUGGGCCAUGCUUUGGGUUUUCUGCUCUUCCUGUUUUUAUUCUACGCUCUUUUUUUCUGCCCUCCCGUGCUCUGGGCCUAAGCUCAGUACAGAUGAGUGUUCAGGGCAGCUCCUAGGCCUGGACAGCUCUCGGGGAGGAGUUAGAUAAAUGUUCGACAUCCCCAUGCCUGGCCCAUCUAGUUUCAUCCUUUAGUUACCCAGGCCAGUAGCUUUGGGUUCUCCCCUCUUGUAGCUCCAAAUCCAAUGCUUGGAGCAGUGGUAUAGGGCUCUUAAUAGGAGGUGACGCCUCUCUCUCAUUUCAGAAUUUGCCAACUUAGGGCCUGGCUCUGGAAGGCAGUUUUCUUAAAGAGGACUGCAUCCUGGGUGAUCUGAAAUCUCCAGACCUAGAGGGACAGCGGUUGCCCUCCCUUCUCUCCUCUGUUCUCUGGCUAAACUGAUUUAGUGGUAGAAACCAUUUGGUGUGUUGGACUCCAGCAUACCACUAGGUUCCUCCCAGGUUCCCUGUGUCAUGUUAGCUUCCUUUUGGAGGGAGGGUGAUGUGGCUGAAUACUCAAGAGAGCAGAGGCAGCGGGUGUGCUUCUAAAGAAGCUCCCCAUCUUCCGAUUCCUCCUCCAACCUUCCUCUUCCCCCAGGUCUCACUGAGAUGGGCAGCGUCAGCUCACUGCUCAGCAGUAAUGGAGGCUGUGGGAGAGGCUCAGGGCUCUGGGGAAGAACAGAGUCAAGAGGGGAGUGAUAUGGGGUGGAGGCACUUAGCCAACCGCUAAACCUGGACACCAAUUUUAUAUCAUGCCCCCUUUUUAAGCUGGUGAGCUGGGCUUCAGUUUUCCCCAGGCCAUGCACACUUUUAAUUUAUUUGAGAGAAACUCUAAUUGUAUUUUCACUGCAGUAUCUUGUAUUUUUUAUUUGUGAUUUAAGAAAUGUGAAGAGAAAAUACACAGACACACAAUGGCUAACAGUGUUUCUUUCAUUCCUUGUUCUAGAGCUAACCACUCUAAACUUGUUUGGUAAUGUCACUUAGUGUAAUUAAUUGUAACAUAUUCUUUUAAAUAAAUUGAUUUAUUGAUGAAACUAUC